GUGUGUGUCUGUCUGGAAGCGGCGCGCGGCCGGGACGAGCUCUGGGAAUUCCCGUCCGAGCCGCCACCACUGUCACUGUCACCACCACACGGAGCCACUUCUACAGGGGAGUAGACCCGGCCCUUACGCCGGGCAGAGACGAUGUUACCCCUGUCCAUCAAGGAUGAUGAAUACAAACCAUCCAAGUUCAAUCUGUUCGGCAAGAUCUCGGGCUGGUUUAGGUCUAUCCUGUCGGACAAGACGUCUCGGAACCUGUUUUUCUUCCUGUGCCUGAAUCUCUCUUUCGCUUUUGUGGAACUGCUCUACGGCAUCUGGAGCAACUGUUUAGGCUUGAUUUCCGACUCUUUUCACAUGUUUUUCGAUAGCACUGCCAUUUUGGCUGGAUUGGCAGCUUCUGUUAUUUCCAAAUGGAGAGAUAAUGAUGCUUUCUCUUAUGGGUACGUUAGAGCGGAAGUUCUGGCUGGCUUUGUCAAUGGCCUCUUUUUGAUCUUCACUGCUUUUUUCAUUUUCUCAGAAGGCAUUGAGAGAGCAUUAGCCCCUCCUGAUGUGCACCAUGAGAGACUGCUACUUGUUUCAAUUCUUGGUUUUCUGGUAAACCUAGUGGGAAUAUUUGUUUUCAAGCAUGGCGGGCAUGGACAUUCUCAUGGCUCUGGCCACGGACACAGUCAUUCCCUUUUUAAUGGUGCUCUAGACCAGGCACACGGCCAUGGAGAUCACUUCCAUAGCCAUGAACUGAAACACGGUGUUGCACAUGGCCAUGGUCAUGCUCACGGGCAUGAGCACGGCCACUUCCAUUCCCACGAUGGUCCCUCCUUAAAAGAAACAUCCGGACCCAGCAAGCAGAUUUUACAAGGUGUAUUUUUACAUAUUCUAGCAGAUACACUCGGGAGUCUGGGUGUAAUUGCUUCUGCUAUCCUGAUGCAAAAUUUUGGUUUGAUGAUCGCAGAUCCUAUCUGUUCAAUUCUUAUAGCCAUGCUUAUAGUUAUAAGUGUUAUUCCUCUUUUAAGAGAAUCUGUUGGAAUAUUGAUGCAGCGAACUCCUCCCCUGUUGGAAAAUUCUCUGCCUCAGUGUUAUCAGAGGGUGCAGCAGUUACAAGGAGUUUACAAUUUACAAGAGCAGCAUUUCUGGACUUUAUGUUCUGAUGUUUAUGUUGGGACCUUGAAAUUAGUUGUAGCCCCUGAUGCUGAUGCAAGGUGGAUUUUAAGCCAAACACAUAAUAUUUUUACUCAGGCCGGCGUGAGACAGCUUUAUGUACAGAUUGACUUUGCAGCCAUGUAGUGAGUGCAAAGGAAUUUUUCUUUUAUUUUUACCAAUUUUUCUUCUGGUACUGUACAAUCAGAAAACAUUUUUUAAAGCGAUCACUACAAGCCCCAGCAGCAAGUAGACCAGACAGAGUCAGCCGUCUGUGACCUGCAAGGAGUUCACAGCUGAGGGAGCAGAAUUAAAAGGAUAUCUCCUGGACUUUCUGGUCUUGUCCUUUGUCGUCUUCCCUUCAAACCAGUGUGAUGUCCGAGGGUUCUGAUCUGGUUCCAGGGUGCUGGCUGUGCUUGUUUCCAUCCCUCGCCCUCAAGCCCCCAGCCAGUGGCUCUUCCCAGGCAGUGGGAAUUCAGACUGUGGCCCUCCGGGCUGCCGGAGUGUCUGCACGGAUGCUGCUUGAAACCACUGCUUUCGUUCCCACAAAAACCAGUGUUACUUAAAAAAAAAAAAAGAUGUGGAAAUCUGUUUUAUAUGUCAAGUCACCAUUGUUGAUGCUUUUCAGUAUAAUCAUAUGUUUGUAAAAAUUGUUUGUACUUUGCAAACUUAUGAACCAAACCAUAUUGGGUUUUCAAAGUGCCUUUGCAUCAGAAAAUGUAUUUGCCAGCAUAGAAAUGUACCAUCGAGGUCUUGUGUCUUUUUAAAAAUGGGUCCUCCAUAAUCUGUACAAAAUGUGACUCUCGCUAGUGAUGUAUACAGAUGGUUUUUUGAGGUAAUACUUCCAGCAUAGGCUCAGAUGUAUACAACCUUUCCUUUUAUUGUUUUAUCUUUUCAAAAAAUAAAAGUGUGUUAUUUUGGGUUUUAAAACAAAUUGAGUUAUCACAUGAAAUUACUUUGUAGACUGUUUUCAGAACCAUGCACCUACACCUGUUAUACAAAAAGUGUUGACUGAUUCAAUCAUUGCUAAAUUCCAAAUUUCUCUAAUGGCCUCUGUGUGUAUGAUAAAAGUUUCCUAGAUCGCC